UGACCAAUUGAGACUCUGUUAAUUACUUUCCCCUUUUAACGCCGUAGCUUUAGCUCCGUAGAACAACUAGCUUUUCCUCCAUUCUUCCUCCUCUCUGUAUCAUCUCCAUUCUUCCAUUCCUUCGCCAGAUUAAUCCAAUAAAGAUCCUUACAAGUGGUAUCAGAAGCCUAUCAUCUGGCUAUGACAAUGCACACUUCACGAAUCGUAGACUUGGAGACACAAAUGGGGGCCAUUCGGUUACAGAUGGAUUUCCAGCAUCAAGAUCUGAAGGGCGUCAUUGCUGCUCUCGCGACUUCAACGAAGGAGAGCAUCGCCGCCCUCACUGCUUCUUUGAUGCGAACUCAGGAGACAUUGACGCUUCCCUCAUCACUGCGUAACAAUUACGAUCAACGCCCUGAUCAUCUGCACUUCCGGCAUCAGCCGCGUCGGCCGUCAAUUGUGGAUCCCUAUCCUCGUCGCGAGUUGCCCUAUUUCUCUAGCUCGGAUCCUCAGGUGUGGGUGAGCAAAUGUAACGAAAUCUUCAUGUUGUACUCAAUUCUGGAAGAUCAGAAGGUCGAUUUGAUUUCGUACUAUCUGGAAGGUCGAGCUCACACAUGGUUUGAAGGCUGGUCUUCCCGUCGUUUUCCUUUGCUUUGGGGUAAUUUUGUCGACGGGUUGCUUCGUUGGUUUGGGAGUCAAGUGCAGACGAAUGUCAUCGCGACGUGCAAUCAGCUCCAGUAGACAUUGUACCUCCCUUCGCUGAUCUCCGAGCAAACUGGGUUUGUGGGCGACUCCCAGCCACUGCGUGGUGUUCCAGAACAACUUGCUAGCAAACUCGGCAUCAACGGCUAAUCUCACGGUAUUUCCACCUCCACUCUGCCGUUGAAAUUUUCUUCUAUCCAUACUGUUAGAAUAUGACUUGAAUUUGAUUUGGGUUUGUUUGGUGUUUUGGGCCUAUUUUGUUUGGGUUUGUGUUUGGGCUUUGUUUUGGCCUUUUCCUUGUAGGUUUGGAAAAGGUGUUUGGUUUUCUGUUUGGGAUUAGGAGAAGAGUUCUAUAAAUACUAUUCACCACC